AAAAAACCGACAUUUAUAUUUAUUACAAAUUAUAAUUAAAUUAUUCUUUUAAUUUUUUAUUCCACUAUUCUAGGGUAUAUAAAGAAAUAAUUCAGUUAUUUGAGUCUUUUCUGUGAUUUCAUGUUACUAGAUAAAUCACUCUCUAUAGUUCUACCAGAAAUCAAGGAAACCUUACAGUGUUUAUAGGAAUUGAAACUUUAAAAUCAUGGCUCAAUUUAAUAUUAUUGCGGCAGGAUUUAACCAGCACGAUGAAACAAUUAAUUUUGGAGGUAGGUUAACAGCUGGAGACCAAAGCCUCUACGAGAUAAGGACUCUUGCAACAAUUAAAUCUGAAAAUAUUUCUGACUCUUCGGGAACUGAAGCUCUAGAUAUUUUGUCUUAUGUUUAUGAGGGCAGGAUUUUCUUUAGCAUCAAUAAUGUGUUAAGGAUAAUGAAAGGUAAGGAAAUGUUGAAAGAACUGGCUUUCUGGGAAUUCAGUCAUCGUAUUGAUGGUUUUUGUGUGUCCGGAAAUCAUAUUAUGGUCUGUACAAGAGAUGGAAAGAUAACUAUUAUUAAUAUAUCAUCCUUAUACUUAUCUGAUACAGAAAACUCUACAAUGGAAUUCGAUUUUAGCCCUAUAUUUAGCGAGAAAAUUGAUCAUGAAUAUACUGAAAUUUUUUUUAUUCAUUGUUUUGCUGAUAAGACUGGUAAUUUUUGUGUUGUGACCAGCUUUGGAUUAAUAAAAAGAAUCAGAUUAAUAGACGGUACUAAAUUUGAAGCAGAGAUUAUCCAAGACCUAGAGAGAAAAAUGAAUAUAAGUUGUUAUGGCCAUUCUUCUAUCUUAUUGGAAGGAUCUGAGUUGAUAUUGUUGGACAUAGACAAUGGAAAAUACAGCACCACUGAACGAAUUGGACUAAAGUUGAUUAAGCAUUUGGGAAUGAAUUAUUUAGCUUAUAGCCAAAACGGAGAUAUUUACAUGAUUAACCCGUUUCUUUUUGUUUUCUGCAUCAAUAAAACUUAUCCAGCAAUUCAAAACAGUUUUGAAGACUUAAUUUUUGUUACCGAUAGCGAACGCGAGGGAAAAUAUCUAAUGACAGGUGUAACUCAUAAAAAAUCUGAUGGAAAAUCUUAUAUAGAAUUAUGCCAAUUUCCAGAUUUAAAUACGAUUUAUUCAAUACCUGUAAUGAACCCAAUUUGUUUAACCCAGAUGGACUCCAGCAAAGAAGAAGCAUUAUUUUUCUCUAAAAUUUUCAAAAAUAAUUGCCUGGAAGAGAUACGUUUGCAAUGUAUUUAUGAAGCUGAUCCAGAAUUGAAACUGAAAAGGCUUUUACAAAAGGCGAAAUUCGAAGAGGCAGAACUUUUUGCAGAAAAAUACAACAUUAGUAUGGAAAUUGUUGCUCAAGCAAGGGCUCAACAUAUUGUUAAUAAGUUAUCAUGCAAAACCAGUGAUAUUGAUCAGCUAUUUGAUAUUUUUACUAAUAUAUCUGACCAGCAAUUUAUAAUGAACUGUUGUGAUAUUGUUGAAUGCGAAGCAGGGGAUGAUGCAAGAAGGGUUAUAUAUUAUGCAGCUUUUAUGGAAAUUGAUGUUCGAGAUUCGAAUCAAAACAAGGACAAUCCGCUUCUACAUAACAAAAUACUUUUCAAUAGAAGAUUACACCUGUUUGAUACAUAUAUGUUGAUAUAUCAUUCUUAUAACCACCAGAAAUGGAAUCAUUUUAUGCAGUGUGACUUACUGGACGAACUUGUGAGAUUCUUGAAAAAUGAUGAUAUUGAAGAAGCCAUUAUAAUUUUCAAUAGAUUAGAUUUGGACUCCAUUAAUUUACUGACUGAUGAGAAAAUUCAAGAAAUUUUACUUGUUGUUGAUAGGUGCAGAGGAGAUAUCAAUGCUUUUCUAACGGCGUUCAUACCUAUAUCUUUGAAAUACCUUCCAGGAACUUUGACUAUAUUUAUCACAUGGCUCCACGGAAGAGUAUAUUUCCUUGAAAGUCAACACAGUGCUACUUUUCCUGAAUGUGCAAUAAAAUUUAUUGAAGAUGUGACUAAAUUAAUGAACAUAAAUGUUCCACUUAGAAAGCACUUUAGUAAUGAAGAAUCACCAGAUAAACUGGGAAAUCUUGUGAACGCUUUAAAAGAUAUUCAGCUCUUACAGAAUAAUUUUGGAGUCAAAUUACACGUUUCAGAUUAUCUUGCAGAUCCCACCGACACAGUGAGAGUAUUAUUUACUACAAAUAUGGACAGCAAAACUUUUGAGAUGUUUACCAAACAAUUCCUGUGCUCCUUUAUACAGAGAAAUAAUAUUGACAAAGAUGCGUUGUUUCUAGAAGAAAUUAAAAAUUUGUUGAAUUAUAACGAAGAAUAUUGUAUAGAGUUAGUGGCAAUUCUGUUAAGCUUAAUGACUGGUGUCGAUAAGAAAGUGGAGGCUAUUAAAUUAAUAUUAGAAACGGCUUCUACACCGUGGAGCGACCAAGUACGGGAAAUAUCAAAGAUUAUUUUUAAUUUUGAGGCAAAAAAUCCACUGGUUCAGGAAAUGGUAGAGUUUCUCAAAGAAGAACCUAAACUAAAUAUUUUAAGAAAAUAUGAUAUUACCUGGGCUCAAUUUGCUUCUUCCAAGGAUAAAUGUUUUUAUUAUAACCGCAUCUUUUACCUGAAAGGUGUCGACUCUGUUGACGAUAUUCGUCAGUUAUAUACCAACAAAAUAGAGCGGCAACAAAACGAAUAUGCGAUAGCCCUUAAGUUGAUCAGAAAGGAAGCUUACACACGGGCAAUGGAGAUUCUGGAUGAUAAUCCUCCAGAAAUAAUCAUUGGCGUUUGCAAAGAUAUAAUUUCUUAUACAUUGAAUGUUAACACACAAGUAUCUGCUAAAGAGGACGCGCUUUUCCAGGAUGCUUUAAAUAUGGUGUGUAGUCGCAUUGUUGAUAAUACCACACACAAAGGAGAAAUAGAUACAGCGAAGUGCGAUUGCCACGUAGCAAAAGCCAUAUAUGACAUCGAAAAGACUUUUAAAAUCAAAUCAAAAUGCCGCGAUUUUUUCAGUUGGUCUGAAAGACAAAUCUUGAUGGAUAGAUUAGUUCAAGAAAUUGUGGAGUCUACGAAUGACAACGAGACUGUUUUUGAACAUAUAAUUUUAUUAGCAAAAAAAGUGUCUUGGUACAUGGAAGAACCGAUAGAUGCAAUUUUGGUAAAGCUGCUAGAAAAAAUCGAUUUUGAGAAUAUUUUAAAACUGGCGAGAUUCGUCUUGGAUUCCUCGAGCAAUUCAGCAAACCUGGCUUUUUGUGCAGUUUAUCUUUUCAGAUUUUUAAAGAACGACAUGAUCGAAGACGGGAACGAGACAUUUUUAGAUGUUUUGGUCAAUGUCCCCAAUAAAGAUGAGUAUUAUUUGAAUGGAGUUUGUUUGGCGAGAGAUUUAAUCAUCAAAGCGAUAAACCACGCCACUCCAGAUGACCACCUGGCUAUCAUGGAAGUUUUUAGGUGGAUCAAUUCUUGUUAUUUAAUUACUAAUUUAAAAAAGAACUAUACAAAUGAAGACGUACACCAAAUUUAUCUUCCAAGAACAGGAGCCUACCCAUUUGUGUCAUCCCUUGAAAGCAUUAAAAAAGUUUUUAAUGUUUACUGUUCUUAUAUUGAUUGUUGUAAAAUACCAAUUAUGAAGUACUUAACGCAGUUCUCGUCAAAAAUGGAGAUAGAUCAGGAACAACUUCUUAAUGAACUGAAACAGUUUACUUGGAACUUAAAUAUGUUUCUAAAAGAAGAUCAACACUUAACUGCUUAUAACAUGAUAAAAACUCUACAGUAUGGCUUAAUGCUUGAUCCAACCAUAAAGACAGAUACACUAAAUUGCCUAAAAACGUAUUUAUAUGGUACUUGGUUGCCUCAAAUGAUUGACGUUGUCCUUUCUCACCAACACAUCGAUAAAUCGUUAUUUUACAAUUUGAUGAUGAUGAUAGGCUCAAAUUUCGGACCUACCCUUCAGAAAUAUUUAAAAUUGUACAAGAAAAGACCCACCAAACUUAUUGUUAUUGCCCAAGUCGGUUUGGAAUUGCUUAAGUACUAUGGCGAACUCGAAGGCAUGGCACACUUAAAUAACAUUUCUAAUAUGUGCAAAUGGUGGUUAAAGUUGAAAGGGACCAAAAUGCAUUAUGCCACUUUCUUUACGCAGCAAAGCGACGAGCGGUUGAGAGACUUGGUUAUAACAAAUUACGUGAAUUUAGAUAACAUUCAGGAAUAUUGUACUGACUUUAAUCUGGAUCUUCAGGAAUCAUACAAAAGUUAUUUAGAAACGAUCAUCUUAUCUUGGAAACCUGAAAUAGAAUAUUUACAGGAUGUUCGCGGCAAAAAGACUAUUGCUAUUAAAAAUGACGAAGACGCGUUAGAAAAACUGUGUAUUCUUGUUAUUCAGCUUAUUAAUGACAAAGAGGGACUAAGUGAGCUGACUAAAAAUCUUUGGUCAAAAAUUUCUUUCUACUAUUACGAAGUAUACAUUAUUUUGUUAAUGAUUGACACUGCCAUAGGAAAAGUACGAAAAAACUUCGAACUUUACCGCCCGUUAUUGUCGUUCUUAAAGACUUAUACAAGGGUAGGCCCACCGUCACGUUCGGAGAGGGAACAGUGGUAUGGCGCUUUCCCUGAAAGAGUAAACAUAGACGAAUUGUCAGCGUAUAGACUGCCACUUACCCAUAUAUUUUUUUCAAACGACAUCUGGAAUAUAAUAAAACCCGAAGUAAACCUACAAACUUAUAAAGAAUGGUUCCAGUUAACCAGUAUUCUCGGCCAGUAUCUCAACAAACAGGAUAUCUGUACAUACGCUAUAAAAUGCGCUUUGCCUGCACAAGUGUCAGAAAACCCCAAAGAAUGGCAAUUAUACUCGAAGUAUGAGCAUUUAGUGGCCCAAAUUGACGAAUGUGCUUCGAAUAUUACUGACUUGGAAAGAGCUACAGCAGCCGUAUAUUCCCUGGUGGGUAAUAUGCCGCCUGGAGCCGACCAAGUCAAUAUAGCACAGCUCAGCUAUAAAUAUGCCAAAGCUUACAAGGAGUCGAUGUCGAGUGAAUAUGUAGACAAGAUUUAUAAUAAGGUUAAGCAAAGGUACUAUAAUUACUUAGCGAUGCAUAUUCUGCACAAGCAUCAGUUGGCAGACGCAAAUUACUUAGAUCUUGUCAACCAGCCCAAAACUUUAAUAGCAGAGCUAUAUAACGAUCAUAGAAUCGUAAGGGAAAUGGAAAGCGUGGAUUUUUAUUGUCCAGAUAUAAAUACAGCAGUUGAUGAGUUAUGUAAUAUUUUUAACCUGGUGGCUAAGAAAAUUCGAUUUGAAUUACUGUCAGAGCUUUUGAAGUCAAAUACUUUGUUCGAUUUGGAAUCGACCGUUGUGCAAGUGGCUCACACUCAUUCUUUUGAUCAAUCAAACUCUAUUAAGAGGGCGUGCUAUAUGUGUUUGGGAUCUGACGCAGAUAUUUGGAGGAAAUUGUUGCUUAAAGCAGGAACAAACAAAGAUGGUUCAGAAUCUAAUAUGUCCUACAGAGCUAAUGCUUUGAGAUGUUUUUAUUACAUAACGGACAUGGAAACUAUAGAAGCCAUGACUGAGAUAAGCCAUGAGGAGUUCCGAGUUUACAUGGAUAAAACAUCGGUAAUAGCUCAAAUGAACGACCUGGGCGUCUGUUUGGAAAGCAUCGAGCAAUUAGACGAAAUGAACAAGAAAAAACUGUUAAAAAAACUAACACAGAUCCAUGGCCGCAUUGCCAUCAAGUGCAUAGCCAGCCUAUGCAAAAUAUAUGCGCUGGACGAUUUGAAAUAUUGGCAAUUUAUCGUUGAGACAGCUAUUCAACUCAAUAUGAUCCAAGAAUUGAUGGAGUAUGUGGAGUAUCUUAAGUACAGAUGUGUAACGCCGUUUAUUAUUAAAGCAUGGCAUGUGAUCUUAAGUGACGCCUUCUCGUUAGGGGCGAACAGUUCAAAAUCUAAAACAUCAGAGAGCGAUGUGAAAGAUUUAUAUAUAAAAGCAAUCAGAUUGCUUCAGACUUGCCCUGUGAUAUAUGCUUUGGAUUUUAGUGUUUACAUUGAAAUGUGCCUGAUAAAUAAUCAGCAAGUUGUUGCAGCGGUAUUGCUUCAGUAUCUGCCUAAAAAUAAACUAGAGAAGUUUAUUGAAAUUAUAUCCACCACACAAGCCACAUUUGAGGAAUUAAAAUUAUUAAAGAACAAUGGAAUUGUUGGUAUUGAUUUAGUUAUAGAUAUACUUAAGAAAUAAAAUGUUUAUUUUUGC